AUGAUUGAGCUGCUGAUCAUCGCCGAGGCAUCCUUAGGCGAGCCCAACGGACUGAUUCCGCUUGACUCGACGGGCGAUGCGGACGAAGACCUCCGAUCACCGUUUGUCGAGCUCUUGUCCGAGUCCUUGCUAGCUCUCCUGAUCCAGUUGCUCAAUGUAGGAGACAACGACAAUCUUUCCAACGAGGUGGCCGAGUCACGCUUUUUCUUGUUCGACCUUGUAGAGACUCCAGAGUCAUUCUCAGACAGCUCUGCUGUUGUAGUCGUUGUUCGUGAACGUCGUGAGACAGAAGACGAGUGCUUCGAUGUGGAAGAUGUGGAGCGUGAGGAAUUAUGA